AUGAUGUCGGAAGAGGCCGAAGAGGCUCGCAAUAAACACAUUCGGUUAUACCGCCAAAAUUAUGCUCGGAAGUUCAGCAGAGAGUCUUGCAAUCUUGAUAUCAUAAAUAGAUUAUUAUUGAGCUCGGAUCCCCUGAUAACUGGCAUGAGACCUACUCCAAGAAAAAUUACAAAACCAUUUCUCAAGGAAACUGUUGAAAUGCUCCUGCCUGAAGAACCGAUGUGCCAGUCAAAUUUGUCUGGUUAUAAUGAUGAUGACUCUGCACCAGGGAUAGGAGGCUAUUUAGAUGAUUCUUGGUCUUCGUAA